AAGUAAUAGAUAAAAAUGAAUUGGAUAACUACUAAUAGUAAAAUAAUCAGUAGUGGUACCAAUAAGUACCUGUAGCAGUAGUUAUAGGCUGCAGGCUGAAGUAGUACAGAACUUGUCUUAGCUGUCAAAGAAACAAAGCUGGUGGAUGAAGCAGUGCUAUGAGGAUCCACUGCAGCAGCUGAGGGGCACAGUGAGGAAAGGUCUUUCGAAAAGGGAAGAGGAGAUAUGUGUUCAUUCUGGGGAAUUGCGAAAUUCCUCCAUGUUGUCAUGUCCGGCGGGCAGAGAGCAGGGAGAGAGGAGCUGCUGUUCAGAGAACAAACUCUUUCUCAGCAUCGCAGCACCUACACAGGGUGAGGACAGUAUGUGGACGCUUGCUAUUUGGUUGGUUUUCAUUGGUUUUUACCUACAGGUAUCCACAUGCUACCAAUCAUGCACUUUGUACAACCUUGUAGCUGAUUGUGGCCAAAAGCACCACUACUGGGUUCCUGCUCUGCCUUUCAACAUCACCCAUCUUUACCUGGAGAUGAACUACAUCAGUGAGAUCAACAGGACCUCGCUCAGAAAUUAUGACCAGCUGAUAGAACUAGAUCUUGGAAUGCAGUAUUCCCGAAUUCUCGUCAUAAGAAACAACGCUUUUCUCAGGCAGAGAAAAUUGACACGUGACAAUGACUAUGAGUGGGUGGAGGCUGCACUGCUGAAAAAGUUGGAUAAUCAGUUUUCAGAGGAGAACAACUUCCGCUGUUGUUUUGAGGCUAGAGACUUUCUGCCAGGCCAGGAUCAUCUUUCCAACAUCAGAGAUGCCAUCUGGGGCAGUAGAAAGACUGUUUGCAUUGUCUCCAAAGAGUUUCUUAAAGAUGGAUGGUGCUUGGAGGCGUUCACUUUGGCCCAUGGUCGGAUGCUGGAGGAGCUAACAAAUGUCCUGAUUAUGUUGGUGGUAGGGAAGGUGGCUCACUACCAGCUGAUGAAGUACAAUGCAGUCAGAGCUUUCGUCCAGAAGAGGGAGUAUCUAGUCUGGCCAGAGGACCCUCAGGACAUGGAGUGGUAUUAUGAGCGGCUGGUCUCACAGAUACUCAAAGACACUAAGGUGAAAAAGAUUGCAGAGGAUAACCCUGAGCCUGCACAGCCUGACAUUCAUCCUCAGGAAGAGGACGGUAUUGAGCUUGAUAACAUCGGAGCGUAUGAACUCUAAGAAAAUUCACUUACCAGGAUAACCUUAGUUAGUACUCAGGGUCCUCAGCAAGAUGAGGAAGUGGUUCUUUCUGAUUCAGCCUUUUUUCAAGGUGAAAGAGUAAAAGAGGAAGUAACGGCUUAAGAAAUGCUGUAGGCAAACCUAAACAGUUUGUGUAUGUAAUAAUAUGGCAUAUCUUUGUGUGUGUUUAAGUUACUUAUGACACUUUUAUGAUUUGUUUUUCUAUUUUUCUGUUUUGCCUUUUUUAUUUUGUCAGCAUUUACAGCACUCCAUGAGCUAAAUGACAUGUACAGUAUAAAAAAUGAUUAUGAUCUUACUGAAUGAAUAAAAUGUAGAGUAACGUGUCAAGAGUAAUAACAAUGUUUGGUAGGCAUUUGCAAGUCAACUGUUCUCACAGCACAGAUGAAGCAAAACGCUUUUUUGAAUUUAUUUUUGAAUUUUGAAAAGAAGAAUCACUGUAGUUGUUAUAGAUCUGCAGCUCCAGGCAGAAUUAUUAUUUCUUUUCCAGUAAAAUGUCACAGAAAUAAAAAAUAUGAGGAAUAAAGCAUGGGGUCAUUGUUUGGGGGCCUUUUGGAAUUUUAUUUACUGUCUUCACCACUAGAUGGUGAGUGUUCGCUGUCUUUACUGGCUCGUCAUAUCAGGCUUGAGUGCUCAGCAAAA